UUUUGUGUUGGGAUAUCAAUAUUGUCUGUCUAUCAAAGACUUAUCUAAAUCAAAUGUUCUCCAGAUUAGAAUAUAAACGAUUAAUGUUGAAUUAAAUAUAUCGUUAAACUGUGUUAGCUUAAAAGUGAACUCUCAAAUUCAAGUGUAUAUAACUAAAAUUAGAAUUAGUUCCUCAUGUCUCUACUAAACGAGGAGAAUCAUCAUCGAAGCUACAGCGCGUGUUUCACAGAAGAUAACGUAAUUCAGUGAUAAAAGUUUACACAAAAUUUUCACAGAUAAGUGUUUUGUCUUAUAAAUAUGAGUAUUCACCUGUCUGGGAUGACUUCCAAAACGUGUAAUUAAUAUUAUGUUAUUGUUGAUUGGAUGCGGAGAGAUAUGUUGGAGUCUGGAACUUUUGUUGAAGAGUGCCCUUUAAAUCAUAAUCAAUGUAAAAAGCGUCCAACUACUUUUAAAGGCCCUCUGCGCUUAAUCAGACUGUGUGUAUUGGGCAUUUUUCUUCCAACUUUACUUAUAGCGCUUCCUUUAUACAUGAGAUACCAUGUCUAUGGUCAUCAACUUUAUCCUUUGGCAAUGUCAGAUAUGAGACUUUUGGAUAACAAAGUUUCAACAACUUGGUGUCAAAGACAAUUAGUCAAAGUCAACACGACUUUCAAUGCAUUCCUGUUAAACAAUCCACCCACUUUAUCAACCCAAUUGAAACCAUUGAAAAUGGUUCGCCAUUUAAACCUAGAAGAUGACACAAAAGAAUAUUGGGGAUUCUAUCUCUUGCAAGGCUCUUCAGUAACAGUUUCGACUUGUGUAAGAUGGCCUGGAGCCUCUUUAAUUGUGAUCAGAGGACACAAACACCUACACGAAUGUGCCUAUAUUGGAGACAAUUCCUCGGAAGAACUAGACGAAUUGAUGAAAGCAAUACGGGAGGAAAGUUACGUUCCACCUAAACCUAAGCCCAAACCUAAACAAAAUAGUACAAAUGCUCGAACUAAUGAGCCUGAAAUGAUGAAACGUCACAGACCAGACGUGAAAUUUCAUCACCCUGUUCACAAAAACAGCAGCGAAAGUCACACAAUUAAAAAAACAGUGGACGAAGCUGAUAUCACCGAUCCUAAAAUGUUGCAACCGAUUUUAGAUUUACUUCAAGUGAAGACGAAGAAAAAACACAAACCUACACCCAAGGAAAACCAUACGCACGUCUAUAGAAAUUCUACAAUUGCCAAAGACGAGACCAAAAAUAUCAAAAUAGAAGCUCCGCAUUUCGAAAAAACUAAAUCACAAGAGGCUUUUGAUGAUAUUAUGAUGAGGUUGCAAGGUUUGGGUAAUAAAACUAAUUCGAUUUUGGAUAGACUUAAUAAGAAGUUUAAUGGCAAAAACGAAACUAGUGAUGAGACAAGUGACCAAAAGUUUGAUGUGAAAGGUAGACAUUAUUCAAAACCUGCGGUCAAUUUUGAUGACAAUAUUGACAGGGCCAGGAGAAGACGACGACAAAUCUCGAUUUCGAACGCCAUGAAAUCGAAUUUUACCGAAGACGAUGAAGAACGGAAUUUAGCAAUGGAAGAAGGUUUUGUUCCUGAUGGGAUUGCUGACCAUAGAGGCACAGUCAAUGAGACAACUUUGAACGACUACAGCAACAGUGAAUUUUGGUCAUCAUUUUCAAGCUCUGAGGAAGCUCUUUUAAACUGUGCUGGUUUAAUCCUCAAUCUACCCCUAACCCCUCAUCACAACUGUGUCCCAGAAUUGACAGAAGAACAAGCUGAAGAAACAUAUCUUGCAAAUACCAUCACUUACAAAGUUCCUGUAAAUGGUUACUAUUUUUUUGUGUUCAAUAGCGAAAAUGAAGUGCAAACGAACUACAUUCGUGUUCAAUUCCACCUGAAUAAGGCCGUUUACAACGUUUCAAACGCGGUAUCGACUUGCUUGAACAGUUCUGCCGCGUGUGCGAUGGACUUGAAGUUUUUCUCGUCGGAAAAACUAGUGAUGGAAUUGCCAGUUAAAGAAAAUGGUAAUCUUUGGAAUGAAGAAUUCGUUGUGAUAUCUGAAUGUGAACCACGAACCGCUAUUUAUGCAAUAUGUGUGAUAGCUGUACCUGUUCUUGUGAUACUUUUUGCAUUUUCGUGAUGAAUAAAAUAUUUCUGGAUUUUU